AUGGGGGCCCAAUCCAAGCCUACGAUUUCUCCUUGGGGUCGCGCCGCUGCCGGAGCCAGUGGUGCUGUCCUUGCCAAUGCGCUCGUCUACCCACUUGACAUCGUCAAGACUCGACUCCAGGUACAAGUUCGCGGCGGAAAGCUUGCUCCAGGCGCCGCUGGCAAUGACCCCACCUACUCAUCAACCUGGGACGCUAUUUCACGCAUCGUCGCCGAUGACGGUAUCCAUGGCCUCUACGCGGGCAUGAAAGGGUCCCUCCUUGGCGUCGCUUCCACAAACUUCGCCUACUUUUAUUGGUACACUGUCGCGAGGACUCUCUACUUUGGCUCUCCCAGCUCCUCUGUCACUGCGCCCUCUAUCGCUGUCGAGCUCUCCCUCGGGGCCGUUGCUGGCGCCCUGGCACAGAUUUUCACCAUUCCCGUCGCUGUUGUCACCACCCGCCAGCAAACGGCCAGUCGUGACGAGCGCAAGGGUCUGCUAGCCACCGCGCGCGAGGUUGUCGACGGUCCCGAUGGCGUUUCGGGCCUGUGGAGAGGCCUCAAAGCCAGCCUCGUCCUCGUUAUCAACCCUGCCAUCACGUAUGGUGCCUUCGAGCGUUUGCGCACAACAUUAUUCCCUCACAGGACGACCUUGAAGCCCUGGGAAGCCUUUCUACUUGGAGCCACUUCCAAAGCGUUGGCAACCGUCGUAACCCAGCCGCUCAUUGUUGCCAAAGUUGGCCUGCAGUCAAGACCACCGCCUGGCAGAAAUGAGAAGCCGUUCAAGAGCUUCAUCGAAGUGAUGAGAUAUAUCAUCGAGCAUGAAGGCCCACUUGCCUUAUUUAAGGGCAUCGCACCGCAGAUAUUCAAGGGUUUCCUUGUCCAGGGUAUCCUCAUGAUGACCAAAGAGAGGGUCGAGUUGAUAUUCAUUCUCUUCUUCCGUUAUUUGAAAUCGCUUCGCAGAGCGCACUUGCGGAAGGCCGCUAGCCUCAUCUCGGCUGCUACUCGAAAGGGCAGUUUGACAAGAACUUAUCGCAUCAUAGUCCACAUCUUCACCCUGGAGAGCACGGCGUGA